GGCGGCGGCGGGGAAAUGGCUCGAGCCGCAGGCAGGCUGCAGCGCUUCCUCGCGCAGCUUUCGCGUUCCGCGCAGUGGGCUGCUCUGCGGAGACCGGCGGCUUUCUACAGCACUGCAGUAACCUCAGCUAAAGUUGAAGUGAAUGGCGUCCACCUGCACUAUCAGCAAACAGGAGAUGGAAACUAUGCUGUGCUGCUACUUCCUGGCAUGUUAGGUUUGGAUUUAUUUUGCUUAUGUACAACUUACUAUUGGCGUUCUUUUCAUGCAUCAAAUGUGCACAAGAGCAGGGGGAAUUUAUAGAGUUGCUUGAAGUAUGUUACACUGUGUGAUUGUAUUGUAAAUGAGGGGUGUGGAAUGUGUGGCACUCCAGUUGUUGUUGGACUGCAGUUCCCAUCAGCUCUAGCUAGCAUAGCCACUGGUGAGGAUGAUGGGAAUUACAAUUCCAACAUCUGGAGGAUUACACAUAUCCCAUCCCUGCUCUAAGAUAAUUGUGUAGAGUGCAGAAUCUAAAGUCUAUUUCCUUCUUGAUUAUCCAUAGAUGUUUAUUGGAUCUUUCCUGGUUUUAUAUGUUGAUUUAUUUAAGCUGAAGAAAGGCAGUAAUUCUUUGAAAAGCAGAAAGGAAUUUGAGAGAGGCACUCCUUGCCAAGAUGCAGAAAUGCUUUUCUUGUCUCUGAUCAGACAGGUUUUUGAAACCUAUGACCUAUGAACCUCUGCAAAACUGUUUUCCAGAGGUGAAAGCAGCAACCCUUACUUCCAAACCAACUUUCUGAGAAAACAAAGCACCCAUCUUCACUCUUAUUUCUAUGCAUGCUGCCAUUUAGUCUUUCUCAGCAAUUAUAUUUAAGUAUGUACUUUGUUUACUAUGGACCUAUUUUGCAGUGUUUUCACAAAGUGUUCAGAACACAAGGCGCACCUCCUUUCUGCUUGGUUAGGGUUAGAUUUUAGGAAAGCAGCAAGUAUCUCUAGCCCCACACUUGCCCAUCAGAAAUACUAGGUGGACAUUCACCAUCUUGCAGUGGCUUACACACCAAAAGAAAUGAGUUUACAAGAUCAGUCUGAAAUAAGAUGUGUUCAGCCUGGUUGACCCCACUAUGGCAAGCAUCUUUGUUUUGCAUCCUGUAUGAUCAUUUGUUUCAUUAUUUAUAUUCUACCCUUCUUCCAGGAGGAGCAGGUUGUCCUACAGCAGCUCCUCAUAACCACCUGCUGAGGUGGGGCAGACUGAAAGAAAGUUCCUGGUUCAGAGUCAUCCAGUGAGCUUUAUCGUUGGGCAGAGAUUUGAACUCAGUUCCCCAAGCCUCAGGGCUAUCAUUCUAACUACUUUACUAAUUACCUAAAUAUGUAAAACUGAUGUACAUUGGGGGUGGGCAGAUUUCAGGCUUCCAGGGUAUGCUUUGUUUGUUUAUUACAACCUCAGCAUAUCCCAGCUGUAGUCAAGUGAAAAAUAAUUGUCCAAGGGCAUGCAUACAUCAGGUAGAAUUAAGUUAAGGGUAGCUCUGAGCAUGUGGCUCAGGCCAAGAAUUAGUUUUUUGUAUCAGAACUGAGCUCACAGCUCUUUCAUUCAAAAACCAACUUUUGAGGUUGGAUCCAGAUUUAAACUGAAUCAAAUUUGCUGGUGCAAGUGGACUUCCCUGCCCCUUCUUUCCAAGCCAGUCCCACCAUCUUCCUUAAAAUACCACAAACAGUCAGAAGACUGCUAAAUAAGAUGUUCCAAAAGUUGUCCAAUCCAAACUUUCUUCAUUUUAGCACCCUUAUUUAGUUGGGAAAAGUCACCUUGCUGUUAAACAUCUGGGAGUCAGAAACCUAUACUUAUCUGCUUCCAAUCACCCACAGAUCAAUUUCAAUACACUGGAGUCUCUGGGCAGCCCAGGCCUUCAUUUCAUUUAUUGGGUUUUUAUCCUGCUACAUUGGCCUGAGACCCAAUUGCCAAAGUCUAUGAGUGGUUUGCAAGUAUUACAAUCCAAAAAUAUAGCAUGAGAAAAACAAAAUGCAAUCUAUAACAUAAUGAAAUAUAAGAAUAAAAUACAAUUUUAAGGACAAUUUAGAACCAGUUGCAGUAAGGUGCAUACCACCUAUUUUCAAGGUGACUUUAGAUAUGUAUUUACCAGUUCUUCUUCGUGGUCUCCAUGCAAACACACAGCAAUGGGGCUUGACACGCAGUGUAGGCCUCAUCCGGUGGAAACUUCCAGAGCUGGUCACCAUGGAGUGAGCAGGAGCAGGGACCGCCCUGCCCUCUGAGUGGUACGUAGGCGGCAGCUCCUGCCCAUUCCCUCAGUUCCUUUUCGACUGUGCUGGACUUCAUUCUCCAGAUCAGACCUCUACAGCUUAAACGGGUCGCCAUUUUUCUUUCUCUCUCUCGCUCUCCCUUCUACUCAAAAAACUCCCCUCUUCUCCUUUAACUGCGUGGAGAGAAGGCUGCCGCUUCUCUCCCCUCUUGCCUUUCUCAAUCUCCAGUUUUCUCUCUCUUCCUUGAAUCGCCCACGUGCGCUCCUCCAAGGACCGCAUGGCUGAUUCAGCUCCACGCUGCUGCACCUCCUGUGCAGCUAGGAUGCCUGCCAACGAUGGGCACCCUAAGUGCCUCCUCUGCCUCGGCGAGGGGCACAUCUUGGAGACUUGCACCCACUGCCAGGCCUUUAAGAAGCAGACGCGCUGGCAAAGAACCACACGGCUGAAACAGGCCUUAUGGUGGCGUGCCCUCACAUCCUUUACCCCGGGAGUGGAUAACCCCCCUGGGGAAGAUUCCUCUAAGCCUGCCAGGGCAAGGAGGGGGGCAGUGUCGCCAGGGGAAGGCCCCUCUGCGGCGCCGGUGAUGAACAGAAAGCACCACGCUGCAAAAGAGCCGCUCCCCGUGGCAUCGGAGCCGGCCCAGGAUUGUGCAGUCUCGCUGGCCUCUGGAGCACCCUGGGUGCAACCCCCGCUGAUCUGGGACUGGAGCAGCUGGGCGCCGCCAUCCCAGCAACUCCACCCAUGCCUCUGGCCACCCCCGCACACGGCACGGCCGCCAUGGCCGCAAUGGAGACUGCCGCAUCCCCCCCCCCCCCGCAGCCCUGCCUUGCACAGCAAACACACACGCGCCACCCAUCAGGACAGGAGCACCCGCAAUUGUUGGUCUAUAUCUCAGGAUUCAGGUCAGAGACGCUCCCCUGCCUCAGGAUGCCCCCACUCCCCUACAACCCCAACCCUCUCCCCCGGGAGGCAGGUCUGGAACCAGGAUCUCUCCUUUUCACCUGCCAAGAGGAGUAAUUUCUCUGAUAUGGUGCUCCGCAUGGCUGAGGACUUAAACUUCCAAACCUGCCAGCCCCCUGAGCCUGAGGCAGACCCGUGCUAUGAUGCACUUGCCUCUGGGGACAACACCACAGUGUCCAUCCCAGUCACAGCAGUCCUGCACAGCACAGCGGUCCUGGAAGGCCCCGUCUGGCCCUCUGGCCACCUCACGCAGGGCUGAAUCCAGGUUUAAAGUUAUGGUCAAGCCCUUCCCCCGCCUACUCCACCACCCUAGGCCCAACUCCGUCAUUGUGGAGGCCGUGUAGGGUACCCCACAAAGGGACCAGCCCACCCCAGUGGACAGAGAGGGACGCCGUUUGGACGCUAUGUCCAAAAAGAUCUAUGCUGCGACUGCACUUGGAUUCAGAAUAUCCAACUAUGAGGCCACUGUGGCCACAUACCAAAUUUUUCAAUAGGAAAAGCUGGGAGCAAUUGUGAGCCAGCUCCCUGAGCACCUGCGUGAGCCCAUCCGCCUCAUGCACACUGAGGCUGAGGUCUCUCCCCCUCCUCCAUUAGGG